AUGACUGCUCCAAAUUUCCUGUCUGUUGGUUAUUCUUGCAUUCGGGAAGCAGGACUCGGCGUUUGGACAGAAAAAUGUCUUCCACAGGGCAUCGUCUUUGGACCCUACGAGGGAGAUAUUAUACGGAAACGUUUCGAAGCGAAACAAAGUGGAUACGCGUGGGAGAUUCGCAAAGGCGGUCGGACCGAUCACUUCAUCGAAGGAAGAAAUCAGAAGUUUUCGAAUUGGCUUCGAUACGUGAACUGCGCCAACGUGGAGGAGAAACAGAACCUGGUGGCUUUCCAGUACCGCAAACAAGUGUACUACAGGACAUACAAGCCCGUUCUCGAGUAUACAGAGCUGUUCGUUUGGUACGGAGAUUCCUAUGGGCGUGAACUUGUUGAGCAAUUCAAGAAAAAAGUGGCUUUGUGCAUGGAAGAUGGACAAAGGGAACUGACCGGAGUGGAGUGCGCCAUCAAAAAUCCUCUAUCCUCUUCCCCCAAAGUAAUGGAGCAGAAUAAUCAGCAGAUGAAGCCGGACAAGAGGCAUCGCUGCUCCCACUGCGCUUACUCCACUGACAGAGCUGAUAGUUUGAGACGCCAUCUGCUCGUCCACGAUAGUGUGAAGAAGUCUCACAACGGAGAGACGCCGUUCAAGUGUGAUAUAUGCGGGAAGGAAUUCAAGGAAGGAAGAAAUCUCCGCCGGCACGAGAGAAUCCACAGCGAAGACAAGCCCCACUUAUGUUCAGAAUGUGGAAAGAAGUUCCAUGAACGCCGUUCUCUCGUUCGACAUAUCCAAACCCACACGGGGCAGAGACCCUACAAGUGUAUACACUGCCCGUACAGAUCCUCUCGAUCAACCAGGCUUCGAGAACACGUCAUCAUCAAUCACACGAAGGACUAUCCUCACGUGUGCGAAGAAUGCGGCAAAGGGUUCACGAGAACUGGGGAAAUGCAUAAACACAAGAUAAAGGAACAUUCAGAUUCUGCAAAGAAUUCUCUUGCCUCACGGGAAUUGCCCGGAGUGGAGUGCGACAUUUGCCACUCUGUCUGCUCCUCUACCGAGAUGAUGGAGAUGCAUCGGAAGAGUCAUUCGCACAUGAAACAGGAAAAGAGUCCCUGCACUAACUCCACUGACAUUGCUGAUCGGAUGGAAGACCAUCCGUCCUCCCACGAUGGAGUGAAGUCUCACAAGUGCUCCGAGUGCGGAUUGCCUUUUACCCAGAACCAUUCUCUUGUCUGCCACAUCCGCACGCAUUUGGAAAACAAGCCUCUCUUCACCGAUGAACUACCUCGAGUGGAGUCUCACACGUGCGAUGCGUGCGGAAAGGAGUUCACUCGGAAAGAUAAUCUCAUACAACACGUCUGCACUCACACCGGAGAAAGGCCGUUUCGGUGCAAUAUGUGCGGUAAGGCAUUCAUAGAAAAACGCAGUCUUCGCAGGCACGAGGUAAUCCACACUGGAGAGAAGCCGUUUCGGUGCGAUGCGUGCGGUAUGGCAUUUACACAAAAACGCAAUCUGCGCAGGCACGAGGUGAUCCACACCGGAGAGAAGAAGUUUCGGUGCGAUGCGUGCGGUAAGGCAUUCACAGAAAAACGCGGUCUUAGUAGGCACGAGAUGGUCCACACUGGAGAGAAGCCGUUUCGGUGUGAUAAAUGUGGUAUGGCAUUCACAGAAAAACGCAGUCUUCGCAGGCACGAAAUGAUCCACACUGGAGAGAGGCCGUUUCGGUGCGAUGCGUGCGGUAAAUCAUUCACAGACAAACGCGGUCUUAGUAGGCACGAGAUGAUCCACACUGGAGAGAAGCCGUUUCGGUGUGAUACAUGUGGUAUGGCAUUCACAGAAAAACGCGGUCUUAGUAGGCACGGGAAGAUCCACACUGGAGAGAAAGCGUUUCGGUGUGAUACAUGCGGCAAGGACUUCACAGGAAAAGGCGAUCUCACCCGUCAUCUCCGAAUCCACUCUGCACAGAAAUCCUACAGAUGCACUCAAUGCACUUACGAGAGUUCAUAUUCAUCAUCUUUGCGGUUACACAUCAUUGCCUGUCACACGAAAAACUAUCCACACGUGUGCGAAGAAUGCGGAAAAGGAUUCACGAAACCUGGAAAAAUGAACGAGCACAAGAGUAAAGAACAUACCAACGUUAAAAAAAUUGAAACAACUGUUUCACAAAGCCAAUAA